GCAAAGCCUUCUGUCUCUCGUUUUCUUUCAUCUGUAUGAAGUGGUGAACUUUAGACACAGAGGAGUGUCAGAAGCGCUGGUGCAGAGCAGGAUUUAGUCAGUGAUUUUCACCUCAUCUGUUGGGCUUUUCUUGAUUACCCUACAGCUGGACUGCACAUGUGCUUUUUGUCUGACCGGUCAACAAGGAGUGCUGGAAGGCAGACCCUGAGAUCAUCAGUCUGUAAAGAUAAAAAUCAAGUCUCAAGUGGGGCAUUACCUCUUCUGCGCACUACUUUAAUCCGCUACAUCCUCGAUGUCUUUUCUCUGUACAGGGAGGGGGCAAGUUCUUCUUUCAGCUUAAAAGACUCAUGGAUCAAAGUCCCUCAUGGUCAUAUCCUGCAAUUGUCUCUGGAGUGUGGGAGUACAGAGGAGAGAGUAGCAGGGUCUGACUCGACCUCAGCAGUGGCAGAGAAGAGGACGGGAGGCGUCUGGCUGUCUAGUUAACUGAGGGCUACUGAGGCCAACGGUGUUCACCAUGUGUGCCGCUGCUCUGGACGAGUACUGCGGGUCCGUCUUCUGGAACGCUUCAUAUCUGGCUAGAGAAGACCCUGACCUCCCAAUAUGUGUGGAGCAAACAGUUCUGGUUUGGAUCCCGCUGGGGUUCCUGUGGCUCUUUGCCCCUCUCAACCUGAUGCCUCUAUGUCAGAAGAAACAAGUCAACACAAAAUACAUGUCCAAGCUCUAUCUCUGCAAACAGCUUGUAGUGUCUCUGUUGCUCCUGGCCUCCAUAGCGGCCCUGGCAGUCACAUUAGGGGAGGAUUAUGGUCCGAGUGAAGACCAAGCGCCAGCGGUGAAAAAUGCUGGCGUGUACUAUGCAAACCCUGUCCUUUACGCUGUCACAUGGAUCCUUCUGCUGUUGUGCCAGGAAGGUGUGAGGCGGAGACAAGGGGCCGUCGACUCUGCCACUCUUUUUCUCUUCUGGCUCCUCCUUGUCGUAUGCAAUGUCUUUCCUUUCCAGACCCUCAUAAGAGAGGCACUCAGGCUGGGAGAGGUCAGAGAUGUGCCUCGUUUCUGCCUUUUCUGCAUUUCUUUUUGUCUACAAGUGAUUGCGCUCAUUCUCUCUGUUGUGGCUGACAUCCCUCCAGGAGCUAGGGAACGUGUAAAAAAGAAUCCAGAAUUGGGUGCACCAUUUUUGAGCAGGAUCACCUUCAAUUGGUUUAACAGCAUGGUGGUGAAAGGCUAUAAACAACCCCUGGUUCAGGAAGACAUGUGGGAGCUGAAUGAGUCUGAAAACACGACUUACAUCAACGAGCAUUUCCAGCACUUCAUGGAGUCUGAGUUGGCUGCAGCUCGAGUCCGGCACCAAAUUAAGUCCAAAAAGAAACUGCUCAAAAACAAAGAGAAAACUCUGGAAGAAAAUGGCCUCUCGAAUGGUCUCGGGAAAGGUGUGAGUCAGGACGUUCUCAUGAUGGAGGAACAGGGGGAAAAAAAAGGUAAAAAGAAGAAAAAGGACCAAAAAAAGGAUGAGGAGGACCAUCCGAAUUCAUGGUUGAUUGCAACCAUUUACAAGACCUUCAAAUGGGUUCUGAUUGAAUCUGCCUUCUUCAAACUUGUGCAGGACCUACUGAGCUUUGUCAGCCCUCAGCUUCUUAAGCUCAUGAUCUCCUUCACUAGUGACAAAGACCAAUACACCUGGGUAGGCUAUAUGUAUGCGGUGCUGCUGCUAUUGGUGGCCGCUCUACAGUCUCUGCUCCUGCAACAGUACUUCCAGCGCUGCUUUGUCCUGGGGAUGAAGGUCCGCACUGCCAUCAUGGCUGCUGUGUACAAAAAGGCAUUGGUGGUGUCUAAUGACAGUCGCAAAGAGUCAACAGUAGGGGAAACGGUAAACCUGAUGUCAGCAGAUGCCCAGCGCUUCAACGAAGUGACCAACUUCAUCCACCUAGUGUGGUCCUGCCCGCUGCAGAUCAUCGUAUCCAUUGUUUUCCUGUGGAUAGAGUUAGGACCCUCUGUGUUGGCUGGGCUGGCAGUCAUGGUGCUGAUGGUGCCCAUCAAUGGACUGCUUGCCACCAAGUCCAGGAAAAUCCAGAUAGAGAACAUGAAGUUCAAAGACAAGAGACUGAAAAUCAUGAAUGAAAUACUCAACGGGAUCAAGAUUCUGAAGCUUUAUGCAUGGGAGCCAUCCUUCCAGUCCCAGGUGGAGGGCAUUAGGGGGCAAGAGCUGAAGGUCAUGAAGAAGUUUGCUUACCUGUCAUCUGUCUCUACCUUCAUCUUCAGCUGUGCCCCAGCUCUGGUUUCAUUGGCCAGUUUUGCAGUGUUUAUGGCCGUGAGCCCUGACAAUGUGUUAACUGCUGAAAAAGCUUUCACAUCCAUCUCUCUCUUCAACAUCCUCCGAUUUCCUCUGGCUAUGCUGCCCAUGCUCAUCGCUGCCAUGGUGCAAACACAGGUGUCUAAGAAGCGCCUGGAGAAGUUUCUGUCAGGUGAAGACCUUGAGAGCGAUGUCGUGCGCCGAGACCCCAGUUUCAACACUGCUGUUAGCAUAUGUGAUGGAUCCUUUGCUUGGGAGAGAAAUUCUGAACCUCUGCUGAAAAAUGUGUCCUUGGACAUUAAGCCUGGUCGGUUAGUGGCAGUAGUGGGAGCUGUUGGCUCAGGGAAAUCCUCUCUCAUGUCAGCCAUCCUGGGAGAGAUGCACAGCACCAAAGGAUUUAUCAACAUUCUGGGCUCUCUUGCCUUUGUGCCACAGCAAGCCUGGAUCCAAAAUGCCACUCUGAGGAAUAAUAUCUUGUUUGGCUCUCCUCAUGAGGAAAAGAGAUUUCAAGACGUAAUUGAGGCCUGUGCGCUUGGCCCUGACCUGGAGCUGCUCCCUGGGGGAGACCAAACUGAGAUUGGAGAGAAAGGUAUCAACCUCUCAGGGGGUCAGAAGCAAAGAGUGAGCCUGGCCAGAGCAGCAUAUAGUGAAGCUGAUAUUUACCUAUUAGAUGAUCCUUUGUCUGCAGUGGACUCUCAUGUAGGGAAGCAUCUCUUUGAUAAAGUCAUUGGACCCAAGGGGAUACUGAAAGACAAGACACGUAUCCUGGUGACUCACGGAGUAAGCUUCCUGCCUUACGUUGAUGAAAUCGUUGUCUUGGUUGAUGGACGAGUUACUGAGAUUGGGUCCUAUAAUAGCCUUCGAGCCAGCAGAGGAGCUUUUUCAGAAUUUCUAGACAUAUAUGCUAAAGAGCAAAGCAAUGAGACCCGUUCAGAGUCAGAUCAUCAUCAGGAUACUGAACACCUAGAGCUCAUCCCUGAAAUAGAGGACUCUCAACCUGACUGUCCAUUGGAGGACACGGUUUCUGCCACUCUGAAGAGAGAAAGCAGUAUCCACCGCAGCCAGCGCAACAGCAGUGUCAGACUAAGAAAAAACAGUUCUUUAAAAAAAAAGGAAUUUUCUGAUGAAUCCAAUAAAGGCCAAAGGCUAAUAGAAAAGGAAACUAUGGAGACAGGACAGGUGAAGUUCUCAGUAUAUAUCCAGUACCUGCGAGCCAUGGGCUGGGGAUAUGCUGCUUUGGUCUUUGUUAUGUACUUCAUCCAGAACAGUGCAUUCAUUGGUCAAAACCUGUGGUUGAGUGACUGGACCAAUGAUGCAGUGGAGUACUACAAUAUGACGUACCCCGGCUGGAAGAGGGACACCAGGGUGGGAGUGUUUGGAGCGCUUGGUUUGAUUCAAGGCCUCUUUGUGUUCCUUGGUACUCUGAGCCUGGCCAAUGCUUCGAUUUCUGCAUCUCGCAUCCUGCACUCACGGUUGCUAAACAACUUACUGCGAGUUCCCAUGGUUUUCUUUGACACCACACCGAUUGGAAGAGUGGUCAACCGCUUUGCAAAGGACAUUUUUACCGUAGAUGAAGCAAUUCCUCAAUCCUUCCGUUCCUGGCUCCUGUGUCUGCUGGGUGUACUGGGCACACUGUUUGUCAUCUGUCUCGCCACUCCUUUCUUUGCCGUUAUCAUCUUACCACUGGGCCUGAUCUACUACUUUGUACAGCGCUUCUACGUAGCCACUUCAAGACAACUGCGUCGGCUGGACUCAGUGUCUCGCUCGCCAAUAUACUCUCACUUUGGCGAGACGGUGGCAGGUCUAUCAGUGAUAAGAGCCUACGGCCAUCAAGAGAGGUUUCUUAAGCACAACGAAAUUACUAUUGACGAAAACCUCAAGAGCGUGUACCCAUGGAUAGUGUCAAACAGAUGGCUGGCCAUCCGCCUGGAGUUCCUUGGAAACUUGGUGGUGUUUUUUUCUGCUCUGUUAGCUGUCAUAUCAAGAAACACUCUGAACAGCGGCCUUGUCGGCGUGUCGAUAUCCUACGCCCUUAAUGUGACCCAGACCCUUAACUGGCUGGUGAGGAUGACCUCAGAGCUGGAGACCAAUAUUGUAGCCGUGGAGAGAGUGAGCGAGUACUCCGAAAUUGAGAAUGAGGCAAAGUGGGUAACUGACAAUCGGCCCCCAGAGAAGUGGCCACAGGAAGGGAGGCUACAGUUUCAGAACUACAAAGUCCGGUACAGACCCGGUUUAGACCUGGUGCUGCAUGGAAUCACAUGUGACAUCAACAGCACUGAGAAGAUUGGUAUAGUGGGCCGCACAGGAGCUGGGAAAUCAAGUCUCACGAAUUGCCUGUUUAGGAUUAUUGAAGCUGCUGAAGGUCGCAUCCUGAUUGACGGCAUAGAUAUCGCCACGAUAGGCCUGCACGACUUGAGAAACCAGAUUACAAUCAUACCACAGGAUCCUGUUCUGUUCUCUGGGACACUGAGGAUGAACCUGGAUCCGUUUGACAAGUUCAGUGACGAGGACAUUUGGAGGGUGCUGGAGCUCUCCCAUCUCAAGGACUACGUAGCCGGUCUGCAGGAAGGAUUACAGCAUGAAGUCUCAGAGGGAGGAGAAAAUCUCAGCGUUGGGCAGAGGCAGCUGCUGUGUCUGGCUCGAGCUCUGCUCAGAAAGUCCCGCAUCUUGAUUCUGGACGAGGCCACGGCAGCUGUUGACCUGGAGACAGACGACCUGAUUCAAAACACCAUCCGCAAAGAGUUUUCACACUGCACCGUCCUGACCAUCGCCCACCGCCUGCACACUAUCAUGGACAGCUCCAGGAUAAUGGUGCUUCACGCUGGUAAAAUUGUGGAGUUUGAUUCUCCGAGCAAGCUGCUUGAAAAACAAGGGCAUUUCUACAGCAUGGCAAAGGAUGCUGGAUUAACACAAGACCAUGCCACAUCUUUGUAAUGCCACUCCCCCCUCCCCCCGUUUUUAGGAUGACUUAAUUCCAUAAAUUUCUUUUCUUGUUUCAUUUGUAAAUCCAUCUUUGGCCUUGAUAUGAAGAAACACUGUAAUAUGCAUUGUAUUUAUAGGAAACGAUAUAAAGGAAUCAUAUCUAUAUGUCAAGAAUUUUCGUAUAUGUAUAAUAAAUAUUCUUUCUGAAACAGUG